UCCCACUUUCCUGUGAUACCGUAGCCGGAAAACUGUCGAGAGCUGUGGACAAAUUCAUGGAAUAAGAAAAGAUGGCGUCUAGAGUAAAUACCAGUUUAACUUUGAUACCCAACAAGAAAUGUAAACGUACUAACCACCAAUCCAGCUAUUUUUUCAACAACCCUGAUUUAGACCCUCAACUCUUAUCUACAGUUGGAGAUUUUAAAGUCUUACCAUUGGAAAUAUUCCACAUAAUUUUAAGAUAUUUGUCAGUGAAGGAUAUUGGCAUGUUAAGCAUGGUGUCCAAAACAGUCAGCCAGCACAUAAUUAAUUAUAUCUCAACCUCAUCUGGAAGUAGAAGACUUUUAAUCCAGAACUUUCAUAACAUUGAUCUAUCUGGCACAGAAGAUACUCGUCUACGGGCGCACUACAAAGCUCUAGGUCUACUAUUUAAAAGAUGCACCUUGCUGCUUCCCACCAAGGACAGACUAAAAUACAUUCACAAGAUACUCUCAGAAGUUUCCUGUUUUAAAUUCAGCGGCUGUUCAGCUCCUUUGCAAUGUUUAGGAUUACCAUGUUAUGGCAUAUUUUUACAGACCUUAACAGCAGGUUGGGAUGAACUUGAGUGCCACCGUGUUUAUAACUUCUUAUGUGAGUUGACUAAUCUCUCCCGUAAGAUGCAGACUGUUGUCUGUAACAAAGCAGGAAGUGCCCGAAAGCUGGAGUUAAGGAUUAGACUAUUCUGUAGAAAUGUCCUCCUUGAUCACUGGACACAACGAAGUGAUUCUGCAUUUUGGUUGACUCGAAUAUUAAAACCAUGGCCAAUGGUGAAUCAGGCAAGAUUGCUAUAUAUUAUCUUUGGACCAACAUCUCCUCAGGAUGGGCAGGUGAUUUGGCAGGAAAUGGUGGAAGGGCCCACAGAUGAAUCCAGUCUGAAAGGUUUGGCUGAUGCCAUUAAGCUGCUGUAUGAAACAGGUACCAAAGAGUGGACAGCAGAUGAUGUUAUCAGUCUUGUAGAUGAACUCUCAGUGGUUCCCAGGGAGUGGCUUCUGGAGAAUAAUGCACGCCUCCUAAUCCUGAGCGGGAACAACAUCUGCUUUACGUUCAUGGCUAGUAAAGCUGUGAACGGAAGGGCCAUUGAGCUGGCAAGGCUCAUAGUCUUUUUGGCUUUGGUGUGUGAAAAGGAGCUGUACUGCAUGGACUGGACAGUGAGGAUGAUGCAGAAGGUCUGCAAGGUCUUCAGCACUGCAGCAGAGAGAAAGAGCUUCCUGCAGAGUGUGGCCAAUGCCUUUGCCUGUAUCAGCAUGGAAAUGCUACAGCCUAUCAUGUCUGGAGAGCGCGAUGACGAUGACAGAGGCUUUCUGAAUUUGUUCCAUCUUCUGCAUGCUCAGGCGAACUUCCAUAAGGAGGUGCUCUACUUGUCCAUGAAUACUUCCUCUUCCUAA